GCCCGCCCCGCACUCUGCUUCAAGCAUUCGCUGAGAGCACACCUAUCUAUCGCUACUAAAACGUUAUCAGUCAACAUGGUUGUCAAACUAUCCGUUUCUGCGCUGUACACCGACGGUUUCCCCACGCUGCCUAAAGCGAGGGGACGCGAGGAGUGCAUCGCUGCCGACUGCCCGAGGAGACAGAAGAUGCAGCAAGUAUCGCUACCUGCCUUGGUAGAGGAUGACUCCGAGGUCGAGGAGACCUUCGAGCAGGAGCAGCGACCUUACAUCCUGCGCGCUGAACAUCUGAGGCGCCAGAAAUCAGUUUCUCCACAACGGCGCGAGAGGCUGCAACGCCACAUGGUUCUGCCUUCACUUUCUGAAGACGAGGAGCCUUGAUCGCCUUUCUGAAGACCCCUGGAUCGAAGCUCUGAAGCCGGCCAGCAGGCCGCAGCCCCGAGUGAAGAGAACCUCUGCUCCGAGAACUCACCCAAUGAUCGGACUAUGUGAAGUGCAAGGUGUAGACUGCAAGUGUUAUGUGCAAUGAAAAGUAAUGCCAAAGCGUAUUAUUUAAGUUAAAGCUAACCUAAGGUGUCACUAAGAUAAGUUUAAUAAAAGUUUUUUAUGAUA